AUGACAGAUUCAUCACCCACAUCGCCAGCAAUAAAGCUACGUAAGAAGAAGGCUGACAACACCCGGCCCAUCAGGGACGAAUACGAAUAUGAGAGAAGAUGGCCUAGACGUCGAGGACGCUACGAGAUAGAGACCCAGUGUACCAGUUGUCAAUGGUGGUUUGAUUCUUUUGAUCCAGAUGCCAAAAAGUGUCACAUAUGUGUAACACCGCCUCCGCCUCUCGUCGAAACAACUAAGGCGCCAAGCACUCAAAUACCAGUAUCCACGUCAACGGUACAGGAGAAUGAGGCUCCACAAACAGCACCGAAUCCGUUCCCAGCCAUGGGAACGCAGCUAGGGACCACACAAUUGGAAUGGGGCAUACCGGCAUACGAAGCUGGUGACAGUAGUACACAGUAUCAAACAUAUCCGCAGGAAUUUGGAGCAUCGUUCGGCCACCCUUACUCUCCUGGGAUAGCAUCCAGCUCGUUGGGAGGGUAUUCACCGAAUCAGUUAUGGGGGCAGGACUACGGCAUGCUGCCUUUCUCUCUCAAUGAGCUAUGCGGGCAAGAAUACAAUAUGUCACAUAAUCCUGCAUCAGAUUCUACAACAUCACCCAACUCCUCGGUAUUUAUACCAAACCAGAUGAUGACGCAGGAGUAUAAUACACCAUCAAUCCAGUCCAUAAAUUUUGAGCAAGGGCACAGUCACCCACCAGAUAACAUGCCAAACCAAACACAAGGCGAAGGGUAUGUGCAACCACGGGACACAUUAGGUCUAGGAAAUGCUAUGCCAUCUCAGGAGGAGAUUGGAGAAGCUAGCUCAAAUACUUCGAACACUACGACGUCCUAUGUACGACCACUGCGGCCGUUACGACCACUGCUGCCACGAGAACUACCAGCAGAUGAUAUGGCUUCCUCCACAAAUGUCCAGCCUUAUAAAGGGGAUGAUAUGGCCCGUUCUGGUAGUAAAGAUGCAAAUAGGCGUCAUCAACGUUCCAAAAAGCACACAUCAGUGGAGACAGGCAACAAAAGACUUCUCAAGCCUAAAGAUACUGAUUACAAGAGAGGAGAGAAAUAAGACCAGAGGAAGAAGGCAAAUCGAAAGAAUGGCUAUCCGCCACCCGUAGGCUGCAUUACAGGAAAGGAUCAGAGGCUAAGCUUAUUACAGCGUGCGUUGUCAUUGUUUAUUCUCUUUAUUUUUUUUUUUUUUUCAUUCUUGCGAGGAAAUUGACUGUUCUAUUCCCGUAGGGGUCAUAUCUAUGUUGUCUGUUCUUUGUCUACUGUCUAUUUCAUACUGCUAGAGGAGAUCCCAAGUUUUAUGUCACUAGACUUUUCGUUCAGUCAUCGGUAUUCUAUGGAGGCGUGUCAAGAACUGAUAACCGUGUAAAACAUGGAGAAUUAAUUGUGUGGCUUCAGAUAUAAAGAUUGUACCUAAUAUAAUGCCUUGACUUG